AUGACCGAGUACCCGUCGUCGCCCGUGAGCCCAUCGGCGACGGACCGCCACCUGCAGGCGCUGCCGCUGCGCUGGGAAGGCUACCUGCGCAAGCGCGGCGACUGGCUUCCGCGCUGGGAUACAUAUUAUGUCGUCCUCAGCGGUGUCGACUUGGCCUACUUUGACAAGAGCGACAUGGAGAAGAAGGUCGAGUACGUGCAGAGCAAUUCGAUCUCGCUUCCGACGUCGUGCGGCGACAUGGACAUUAGCGCUGCCUUGCCCAAGUCUACAAAAGCCAAGCAGCUCAAGCCGCGCGGCGUCCACGUGGUUGUGGGCGUCGAGACCGAGAGCAAUGGCAAGACCAACCACCGCAUCACGGUCACGACAUCCAGCAAGCGCACGUUGCAUUUUACGAUGGACGCGAACCUCGACUUUGUCAUUUGGAAGCAGAUGCUCCUUGGCGCCCUCGAGCAGGCCACGCUGCUCGCGAAGCGCCAGCCCGUCGGCGGCCCGCUGCCGUACCCGACCCCGCCCUACCUUGUCGAGCUGCCCGUCAUGUAUGCAUCGUUUGGCGACAUUUGUCGGCGCGUGGGCAAGUUUUCGCUCUUGCUGCCGUGCCUCGACCCAGGCAUCGUCGUGACGUCCAACUACCCGCCGAGCGUGCCGAUGGCCGGUACGUACCACGGCCUCGGCGCGACCGCCGGCUUCCUCGCCUACAUCUCCAUCUUGCACACGCUCGUCGACGUGAGCCAGUUUCGCGUUACCCACAUUGCGCGCGAAGGCGACCUUGCGGUCAUUACCGGCAAGGAAACCAUCACCAACACCAAGAACCAGCGGCGGUACCGUCAGAUCUGGACGCACGAGCUUCGGUUUGGCGCCGAUGGCCGCGUGACGCACCUCAACAUUGUGGGCGAUGCGAUCGCGUCAUCUGUUGCGUUCUCAGCGCACGCUGAUGGACCGAUGCUGUCGCUGCCGCACGACCGCGACGAAGGCAGCAGCACGUGUCCACCUGGUACGCUGCGGGUCGUGUGCGCGGCCGCCGAGGUCCCAAAGGCCAAGAAGGCGCCGCACAUCAAGCUCGGUCUCUACGGGUUUCCCCACACGAUUCUCAAGGCCGGCGCAUCGAGCCGGAAUCUCCAGCAAGUCACGUACGCCACCAAGCCCGCCAAGUCGGUAUCGCCCAUCUACUGGGCCGAGACGCUGGAUCUGUCGUUCGCGGGCGCUGUGCCUGGCACGACGGCCUUCUUGUACUUGGAGGUGUGGGCGCCCGGGCUCAUGGGCGACGAGAUGCUCGGUGUCGCCAAGGUCAACCUCGCUCCGUACCUCGGGCGUCCGUCGAGCUCGUCGGACGAAGACAUUGCGCUCGGCUCAAUUCCAACGUGGUUUGAUCUCGUGGCGCCCGAGCACGUUUUAGCUGCGAGUAGCAGCACCACGAGCGCCAAAGCCAAAAAAGCUAGCGCGACGCUCGGCAAAGUGCAGCUCAGCCUCGUCUUCUUGCCCAAGGGAAUCGCGCCAUGUAGUGCAGUCGUCGCGUCACCGGCGUCCUCGGUCGCGACUACCUCGUCACCGCCACCGAUUCUCAAGCGCAUGAGCUUUGACCGGCUCGCGGCACUUCACGAGCAAUCGUCGGCCUCGUCGACGCACGACGCGACGUCGUCAUCGUCGUCGUCGUCGGGGCGUGUUUUGCGGCAGAGUCUUUCGGAGCUGCCCGACCUCGACGCCAUGCACACGUUUACCGUCUCGGGCACCAAAUUCCGCGUCUACACGCGGUACCAACUCAUCCGCGCGGUGGGCCAUGGCGCCUACGGCGUCGUCAUUGCGGCCUCGGACCAAGUGACGGGCAACGCGGUCGCGAUCAAGAACAUUCCCAAAACGUUCGACGACCUUAUCGACGCCAAGCGCAUCGUGCGCGAGAUCCGCCUCAUGCGGCACCUCGUUCACCCGCACAUCGUCACGGUCCUCGAUGUAAUGCGGCCGCCGUCCCUCGCUCGGUUUGAAGACACGUACAUUGUGACCGACCUCAUGGAGACCGACCUCCACCGCGUGAUCCAGUCGCCAGAACGCCUCGAUGCCGAGCACAUUGCGUAUGUGACCUACCAGAUGCUUGUCGCCCUGCGCUUCAUGCACUCGGCGUCGGUCCUGCACCGCGACGUCAAGCCCUCCAACGUCUUGAUCAACCGCGACUGCCUCGUAAAGCUCUGCGACUUUGGCCUCGCCCGCGGACUCCCGCAAGAAGACGCCGAUUCGGCGGUCGAAGUCGGCGCUUUGACCGAGUAUGUGGUUACGCGCUGGUACCGGGCGCCCGAGCUCCUUCUGAGCUCCAAGUACUCGUACCCAAUCGACGUGUGGAGCGUCGGCUGCAUCCUUGUCGAGAUGUUUACGCGCAAAGCGCUCUUCCCUGGCCACGACCACGUGCACCAGCUGCAGCUGAUUGCGUCAACUCUUGGGUCGCCGUCGCCCGGCGAGCUCGGGUUUGUCACAAACGAGAAGGCCAAACGCUGGAUGGCCAAGCAGACCGUCCAAGCCCCUAAAGACUGGAAGAACGACGUCGCACCGUCGGCACCGGACGACGCGAUCGACCUCAUGAAGCGCCUCUUGGCGUUCGACCCGACGACGCGGAUAACGAUCGACGACGCGCUGGCCCACCCAUUUUUAGCGCCGUACCGCGAGGCUGCCUCGGAAGGCCUCGCGUCCGCGCCCUUUGACUUUGCUUUUGAGCAACACGGUGACCUCCUCGACAAGCCGGCGCUGCAGCGGCUCAUUUUUGAAGACGUGUGCCACUACCACCCCGAAGCCCGCGCCGAACUCGACGCGGCGACAGCGUAG